GUGCUUAGGUAAACGGUACGUACCCUUUAUCAACUCUGCCCCUCGACGCUCAACCUUUCAUACAUAUGUACUCCAUACUAAAACUUAGACCUCUACAUCGUAGCUUUAUAUCUUUCUCAUAAUGAAUCAAUAUUAAUCGCGACUACUAACCAAUACUUGUUCAAAGGAAUUAGGCUGGGACUACCCUUUCAAUCCUGUAAAAUAGCUAGAUUUCCCUUUUUCCAAGGAACGUAUUCCGGACUCACGUGCCCCGCUACUCAUCACCAAUGACCCCUAUUGGGACUGAGGAUAGACAAGCUAUCUAGGUAUCAUCCUACACUUUUAACAUUCCCCCUUCGCUCUGAACACCCUUCCACCCACAUAUCGAACCUACAAAGGCGUAAAAAAUGUCCCGCAAAGGUGUAGGCCUAGCAGCCUUCGACCGGUCCCGCCUAACAUCCGCACAAUUCGCCUCUCACGGGAGUUCCCUCCGAACAAGCGACGCCAAGGCCCUCGAAACACAACUCUCAGUCUUCCGCUCCUUAUUACAACAAUUCGCCACAACACACGCUAAGGACAUCCGCUCAGACCCGUCUUUCCGCGCGCAGUUCGCGCGUAUGUGCUCCGCUAUUGGUGUGGAUCCGUUGGCGUCAUCGUCGUCGAGUGGUGGGAGUGGGAAUAGUUUGUGGGCGCAACUUUUGGGUAGGAGUGUGAAUGAUUUCUAUUUUGAGCUGGCGGUGCGUGUUGUUGAGGUUUGUAGUGCGACGAGGGGUGAGAAUGGGGGGUUGAUUGGGGUGCGUGAGUUGAGGGAAAGAGUGGUUAGGGGGAGGAUGGAGGGCGCUCCUGAGGUUGUGGAUGAUGAUGUGCUGAGGGCUGUCGCGACGCUGAAACCGCUGGGAACCGGGUACUCCGUUGUGAAAGUGGGAAAUCGGUCGUAUGUCCGCUCGGUGCCGAAGGAGUUGAAUACGGACCAGAGCGCUGUGCUAGAGGCUGCUCAGGUUUUGGGGUAUGUGAGCGUCUCUAUGCUUAUGGUCAACCUGCGCUGGGCUCGCGCUCGUGCCCAGACUAAUCUUGACGAUCUCCUUGGAGAAGGCAUGCUCUGGGUCGAUAAGCAGGCCCCCGAUGAAUGGGAAUACUGGAGCCCGGGCUUUAUGCUGGAGAUGGGCAAUGACACCACUGCAGCCGGAGGAUGAACGUUGAAUUCCUCUUGCUGGGUCACUAUCAAUAGCCUAGACACUGAUGCUAAAAAUCCGAGAUUAAGCGCCAAUCUCCGACUAAAUACUCCGAGGCUUGUCGGUAUGUUCGACCCCGCCGGCCGAAGUCGCUUGAAGUUUCGAGUUACGCUCCCGAUUCCAUGUCCAUUUCCGUCGCCAAAUCAAUGAGCGUAUAUAUGAAACAACCUCAUCCUGGCAUCACCAAGGUAGACUUCAUUUGGUUAAGCCUUUCUACGUGGUAUUUUGAUGAACGUCACGGAGAACCAGGAGCCCCGCAGUGGACGUGGGGUACUGCCAUUAUUCUAUCGCACAGCAUGGCCGAUUAACCUAACGUUAUUGGUGAUUUGGUUCGGGUGUUUUGAAAGGCCAAAGACGGCUUCUUGUGGGAGGUCAUCGUGAUAGUGUUGGAAAAGUUUUGUGCUACGAGGCAUAUGGCUGUAGCGAUGACUAUUCAUUGAUGGUACAUGGGAAAUAGUAUUAGAAUACAACUGAAACGCUUCGCAAUACUCAUGCGACAACUUAAUGAUUUUAACUAGUCCUUUAA